AUGUUCUCCGCCGACUAUCAUCCAUCACCCACUUUGUCCGAAGCAGACAUGGAUGCCAUGACUGCGCCCGUCGAAAACAGGCCCUACCAUGAGGCUUUCAUGCGCGAGGCUAUCAAUAUGGCCGAGCUGGCACUUGCUUCUGAUGAGACGCCUGUUGGCUGCGUCUUUGUUCAUGAUGGCAGAGUCAUCGCCCAGGGCAUGAACGGCACCAACGUUACCAUGAAUUCGACACCAUCUACACCCUCCGAAAGCAACAAUUUCCACUCUAUGCAACCAUUAUCUGACAUGGUCGCUGCCAGGNGAACACGCCAUGCCGAAUUCGUGGCCUUGAGCCAAAUCCUGGCCGAACACCCACCAUCCAUCCUCCAGGAGACGGACUUGUAUGUCACCGUUGAGCCAUGCAUCAUGUGUGCCUCUGUUUUGCGCCAAUUCCGCAUCCGCGCCGUCUACUUUGGCUGCCUCAACGACCGCUUCGGUGGCUUCNCCAACAUCGAACCUCCCUACAAGAUCUACGGCGGCAUCUACAGAGCCGAGGCCAUCAUGCUACUUCGCCGCUUCUACGUUCAGGAGAACGAGAAAGGUUUGUGUCAUAUUACUUCCCCAAAUCAUCUUGCACUGCUAACUUUUGACGUCUUGAAGNCCCCUGAGCCCAAGCAGAAGAAGAACAGAGAGCUCAAGACCGACAUCAUGCCCCUGGUCAACAUGAAGAACCCUGAAGGUUGA